UGUUUCUCUUUGUCAUGUGAGCACUCAAGAAAAAUUCUAUGCUCAUAAUUAUGGGCAGGUAAACUACCAUGAACACAACUAUAGUUACCAAGCAUCAUGGGAACCAUUAUUUGUUGUGCUGGGCAUGAGUUCCUGAGUUACUAACAAAAUAAUAUUAUGAGGAUACAUGUAGUCUAGCUAAAAUAAUCUCUGAGCCGCUGCCCUGGGGCUGUGACACUGCCAGAGGACAGGGGGUCAAGGCCAGCCCUGCACAGCCAUGCCAGAGGGAAGAGACACAUCAGUGAUGCUUCCUGCCCCACCCCCUGUUGCUCCCCAGUAGCCCCAUGUGCUGGCUCCACGAUGGCAGGGCAGGAGGCCCUGGUGCCAGUGAGGCUCUCUCUCCUACUCCUCUGGCUCAGGCUGUUUCUGUCCCACUGGGGGUGGGCUCGGAUGGGGCACGCCCAGCUCCACAGUCCCCCAGAAGUGGUGAUUCCCCGCAGAGUGACAGGCCCUGACAGAGUUGUGAAACCUCAGGACUGGCUCUCUUACAGCCUGCACUUUGGGGGACAGAGACACAUUGUCCACAUGAGAGUCCAGAAGCAUCUGCUGGCCAGACACCUGCCGGUGUUCAGCUACACUGACCAGGGUGCCCUCAUUGAGGACCAUCCAGUUGUCCAGAAUGACUGCUACUAUCAUGGCUAUGUGGUGGGGGACCCACAGUCCCUGGUGGUCCUCAGCACCUGUUUUGGUGGCCUUAGAGGAAUCUUACAGAUAAAUGACACCAUUUAUGAAAUCGAGCCCAAAGAACAUUCUACCACAUUUGAACAUUUGGUGUACAAGUUGGACAGUGAGGAGACAGGCCUGUCCAUGAGAUGUGGGUUAACAGAUGAAGAAAUAGCACGGCAGCUGAAGUUUCAGGAGGACAGUGACCCGACGUUGAUGCAGAGCGGGUAUGAAGGGUGGUGGACCCACCAGCGGGUUGUGGAGCUGGCAGUGGUAGUCGACCACAACCGGUACCUUCAUAAAAAGAGUAAUGUCUCCAAGGUGUACACAGAAGUGAGCCUUGUUAUCAAUUACUUACAUGGCUUUUAUAUACCACUGGAAGUUGAUAUAGUUUUAAUCGGCAUUGAGAUCUGGACAGAAUCAAACCCCCUUCCGAUAGAUCUUAUUGACCCUUUGUUGAAGGCAUUUUGCAAAUGGAAGAAAACAGGCUUUGAAGCCCGCUUGCCACAUGAUGUUGCACAUGUUUUUGUAAAGAAACAAUAUGGGAUAACUCUUGGAUUAGCAUAUGUAGCAUCAGUGUGUAGCACUAAAUAUAAUUGUGCAAUUCUUAGCGCUGUUUAUGACGACCUGUAUGAAUUUUCAUACAUUAUGGCACACGAGCUUGGUCAUAAUUUAGGAAUGAUGCAUGAUGAGCCACUGUGUGCAUGUGGGCAAGAACAUUGCAUUAUGUAUCCUCAGAAAGUGAAAUCAACUAAGUUUAGCAACUGCAGUUAUGCUGACUUUUGGAACUAUGUUGGCAAAACAACCUGCCUGAGGGUUCCUCCCGAGCAUGACAGAAGAUUCAGGCACAGUCUCUGUGGGAACAAGGUGGUGGAAGAAGGCGAAGAGUGUGACUGUGGCUCAGUGACGUCCUGUGAAGAUGAUCCCUGCUGUGAGUCAAACUGCACGCUGUCAAACGGGUCUGCUUGUGCCUUUGGGCUUUGUUGCAAAUUCUGCAAACUCAAGCCAUCGGGCACGUUGUGUAGAGAACGGGAAAACGAAUGUGACCUUCCAGAGUGGUGCAACGGGACAUCCUACCUCUGUCCAGAAGAUGUGUAUGUGCAGGACGGGGUUCCUUGCUCAGAGAGUGGCCACUGCUAUGAAAAGAGAUGCAACGACCGUGUGGAGCAGUGUAGGCAAAUUUUUGGCAAAGAGGCUAAGAAUGCAAAUCACAGAUGCUAUAGUGAAGUGAACACCCGAGGAGACCGUUUUGGUCACUGUGGGUGGAAAGGUCCUGCAUAUGUCAAAUGUGCAAUCGCAGACGUCCUGUGUGGGAGGGUUCAGUGUGAUGGUGUGAGAGAACUCCCCCUUCUGAGCGAUCACACUACAGUGCACUGGGCCCACUUCAAUGGGGUAACCUGCUGGGGUACAGACUACCAUUUUGGGAUGACCAUUCCUGACAUUGGGGAAGUGAAAGACGGAACAACGUGUGGUGUGGACCGUAUCUGCCUCCAUAGGAAAUGUGUCCCCGCGGCACUAUUGACUAGUCGCUGUUCAUGGGACACCUGCAACAGGAAUGGGAUCUGUAACAAUAAAGAUCACUGCCACUGUGACCCGGAGUGGAAACCUCCCUUCUGUCUGAGAAGAGGACAUGGAGGCAGUGUGGACAGUGGCCCACCCAUGCCACGAAAUGUAACUGAAGAGGAUAGUUAUGUAUACCUUUUCCUAUUAUGGGGAUUGCAAUUGUUACUAUUAUUAACAGUUGCCAUCGUUUUGAUUUGGAUGAGAUAUGUAAGGGACAGGCAAAGAACCAGAGAACAUUGAACAAAAUUUUCCAAAGUCACUUGAAAAGAGAACUGUUUUGACUUCACAUAUUGAAGAAUGCUAACGCACAUGGACACAGAUGAAAGCUAAUCUUUAGUGAUUCUAUAUAUUAAGCUUGAGACUCUUCGAAAUAGAAAUGUGUCAUUUAUUGACCAUGAUCUGAGAUUUUUUUUUUUUAUUUUCAGGUUCAUAAGCAUGAGCUGGUAAAUCAAGUGCAAAAGAUGCUAAUUCUGGCAUAUUUGUUCUUUCCCUUAUGGAAGCAAUCUGUGGUCCAAUUUUUUCAUGAAAUUAGUGUUUUGCUUCCCUUGGCCCAAGGCACAGCUCCUUGAAGUGUGUAUGUGUUUAAUUUGCUGGAUCUCAGUUUCAAAUAGACUUCCCCCUUGUUAUCUGCCAUGCCACACAGAGAAUGUCUGCUUCAAAAUGCAAUCCACUUUUGCUAACCAUCUCCCAUUUCUUUCUUUCAAUAUGAGAACUAGAGUGGGACCGGAGCCCUGGGGACCUCUUUCAGCACUGUCCUGCCAGUGUCUCCUAAACAACAUCUGCCUUGGCAUCUGCAUUAACUUUUUCUGCCCGAUAUCUACACACACACACAUAGGUACAUAUAUAGACACAGGUAUACACACACAGAUAUAUGUAAACACCUAAUCCUAUC